GGGGCCGGCUGUUUGCUCAGGUGGACAGUGACACCGUUUGGAACGAGCUGCACUCGGCCGGGGCGGCACGCAUGGCGGUGGGCUGUGUCAUCGAGCUGGCGGCCCGAGUGGCCUCCCGGGAGCUGAAGAAUGGCUUUGCUGUUGUAAGGCCCCCAGGCCAUCAUGCUGAAGAAUCAACAGCCAUGGGGUUCUGCUUUUUUAAUUCGAUUGCAAUUACUGCCAAAUACUUGAGAGACAAGCUAAAUAUAGGCAAGAUAUUGAUUGUAGAUCUGGAUGUUCACCAUGGCAACGGUACACAGCAGGCUUUUUAUGCUGACCCCAGCAUCCUGUAUGUUUCCCUCCAUCGCUAUGAUGAAGGCAACUUCUUCCCCGGCAGUGGAGCCCCAAAUGAGGUUGGAAGUGGCCCUGGUGAAGGGUAUAACAUAAAUAUUGCUUGGACAGGUGGCUUAGAUCCUCCUAUGGGUGAUGUUGAGUAUCUCACAGCAUUCAGGACUGUGAUUAUGCCAGCUGCCAACGAGUUUGAUCCUGAAAUUGUCCUGGUGUCAGCAGGAUUCGAUGCUGUGGAAGGCCAUGACCCUCCGCUGGGYGGGUACAAAGUCACAGCUAAAUGUUUUGGCCACCUAACCAAGCAAUUGCUGAAGCUGGCGGAYGGCCGCGUGGUGCUGGCACUGGAGGGAGGACAUGACCUUACUGCCAUCUGUGACGCCUCUGAAGCCUGUAUAAAUGCCCUUCUAGGAAAUGAGCUGGAGCCUCUCCCGGAAGAUAUUGUGCACCAAAUCCCCAAUAUGAAUGCAAUAGCUUCUUUAAAAAAGACCACUGAAAUUCAAAGCAAGUACUGGAAGUCAGUGGAGCCAUACUCUGUGCCAGUGGAUUGUGCUCUGGCUGAGUCUCAGAAGCAGGAGAGGGAGGAGACAGAAACUGUAUCUGCUAUGGCCUCUCUUUCAGUGGAUGUUGAGCAGUGUAUUCCUCAGGAAGGCAGCAGAGCUGCUGGUGAGCCCAUGGAAGAAGAGCCAGCCUUGUGAAGUGCCAAGUCCUCCCUGAUAUUUCCUACUCCAUAUGGAAAUAAAACAGAAUAUGUACCUGGGGAGGGGGCAUGUGGUGUGUUGAACCUGCCAGGAAAGAAUMUCUCUUAAAUCAAGUUUCUGCUACUUGCUUUUCAUCCUGAAUAUGAAGGAGUAUGGGUUCUAAAUUAUUAUUUAAGAUUUUUCUUCGUCACUUGCUUUGUUUUUGUACCUGUWAUUGAAUUCACCCUUAUAACACAUAGAAAACCACCUAAAAAAAGUCUGUCUUUUCUGACAGAUUCUCCUGCCCUUGGUGUGGGAAUGAGAGUAGCUUAUCAUUGUCACUUCUUGCAGCAAUUAAAUGCUUCAUUUUUGUAACAGAUCCAAACUGCAGCGGUAUUUUAAGAGUASUAUUUAGCUGGCUGUCUGCUGACUGUUAAAAAAAAAAAGAAAUUGUGAAACUUGCAUUCCUCUCUAACCUCAAAAGAGACCCAUUUUGAUUUUAACAAUGUCAUUUUUUCACUUGAUCCAAAAGGGUUUUGCCCCAUGACAUCUUGUUACGAGCUCAGUUCUAAUCACUAGUAAAUCACACACUACAGAGAGUGAAGACCAAAAGGGAUGUUCCAGCAGCUCUCAGUURCAUCUCUCCUGCACAAUCCUUCAUCCUGCUCUAGUGCCAUGCUCUGUGGUUCAGCAUAUUAGAAUAGAUUAUAGCAAAAUAGAAAUUAUUCUGCACCACCAAAGAUACUGCUUUUUGGAUGUCAAUUAGCACACUGAGAGUUGGGCUGUCAUUUAUAAAGGUGAUUUGUAACAAAUACAUGCAUCUGUGGGGCUGAUGUAAAGACAAACGAUGCAGGCAAGCAGUGCUGCUGGUACUGUGCAGUGAGAGGGAUUCUGUGCCCAGAUCUCCACACAUCACCCCCUUCCUGUGGUACAGCUGCAUAGCCAGAGGGAUGUUUGCAGCAGCAGAGCAUAGGGYGUCCUGAUUCAAAGGCCACUUAAAUCCCUCCUCUAAUAGGCUUUGGCUAAUAUUUGGGAGGCAGUUAGAGGAGGAAACCUGAGCUUUGUGCUCAGCCACACAAAACUCUAAGAAAAAUCUGAGAUUGCCCACACCUUUUUCUGACAUGAAGUGUGAGUUCUGCUGCUAGAAAAGUCUAUCUGAAAGAACAUUGACUGUGGUGGAUCUAUUCUAUUGGCUUCACAAGUGUGUUUAUGUCAUGUGUURGGGGAACAAGUUCAUACUCAUAUCUCUUGCUGCUUAGUUUACUGCUAUUUUAAAUUUCCUGAUUGGCUUAAUAUUCCAAGUUAGGAUGCAGUAGAAAAGCAUAAAGCAAUACCUGGUGAAGUCAUAACUAAGGCUUUCAAAGCAARCUUACUGCCAUGGGCUUUUACAAGACUGACUUUUUGGUCUAGGGAUGCACAGCUGAAAUGUCUAUUUUUUUUCCUUGGGAAAUUGAUGUUGCUAUCUGUUUCCAUGAUAAAAACCAGUCCUUUUGCUCAGAGCUCUGAAAGUUUAUCUGUAAUUUGUCUUUCCAGGCAGAGCAGAUUCUAAGGGGUAAAGCAUCAGUGGGACUGACCCAGAGGGCAACGUUUUUAAAGGUCAAUAGUAAUAUUUCCAUAUGAGUAAAAGGAACCAUUGUUAUUACUCCUGAUACAUUUUUGUAUCUGAAAGUAUCCAAUGAGUAAUGUUAAGUAAUAUUGUGCUCCAGAACUUUGUUGAUUAUAGAUAUAUGAGCAUUGGAUUGGCGUGAAAUAGUCUUCAACCAAGUUGUUAAAAUCCCUUUUGUUUUGUGUUUUGUAUAAUUCUUUGGCUAUAGUCUUGUCCUAGUGUUAAUAAAAGCUAUUUGAAGUA